AUGGCGGGGUCACUUUUGAAGGUUCAGUUGGACGUGGCCAAGAACAUAAUGAAUUUUUAUGAAAACUCAACCAUUUAUUGGAAGUCGUUCAUCGGGAGGCACGACGAACUCCUGGGUCAUGCUGACGACCUCAGUCAGCAAGAGUACUUCGUCAAGGACUGUUAUGGCCUCACCGAAGACAAUUACACUGGCGCCAAGGCACUCAUAAUGGAUCAUAUUGCCGCAUUGACUCCGCAAGCUCCACCGGCCUUCCCGACUGGAACCGAACGCCUGGGACGCCCUGUCGAACAAUUGGUGGUCCCGCUGCCGGCACUCGCGCUGCCGACUUUCACGGGAAAGCAGGAAGAGUGGGAAAGCUUCAAACAGCGCUUUUCAUCUCUGGUGCGAGACAAGGAGACCAUACCAGAUGUCGCCAAGCUUCAACAUCUCCUGAACGCGGUACAAGGCCCAGCGGCGCUUCGGUUAAAAGGACUGGAGAUCACUGCCGCCAACUUCGAUGUUGCUUGGGAAAAGCUGGUGCGGCGCUACGACAAUCAGCGCAUUCGCUUGUACACGGCAUUGGAGAAUCUCAUGCAGCUGCCGUUGGUGAAGUCGCGCACUGCGGAUGAGCUCAAUAAUCUGAUCGAUAGGACAGAGGAGGCCGUUCGUUCGCUGCAGGAAUUGCGGUGCCCUGUCCAGGAGUACGACAAUUGGUUUGUCCACUGCGUUGUUCGUAAGCUCGACGCAAAUUCGCGUGAGUCGUGGGAGAUCUCACGUGAGGAGACCAACGAGUUUCCGAAGUACCUUGACCUGAUCCUGUUCCUCGAGCGUCGUGUGCAAUCGCUGGAGCAGGCACGACCAUCGGCAGAGCCUGCAGCGACGGCCAGCCAGGGCUCUCGUGAUCGAGGUUACGGACAGCGGCGCGUUGCAGCUAACGCUGCUCGAGUCGAGGAUGCAUCUACAGGCAGACCAGGACCGUUGUGCGACAUUUGCCAGACGGGCCACUGGCUUCAUAAGUGCUUCAGGUUUUUGGGCAUGUCGCAGCAGCAUCGACUUGAAUUGUGCAAGGCGAAGCGAUUAUGUUUAAAUUGCCUGCACAAAUCGCAUUUCAUCGACAAGUGCCCGUCGGCUUCCCGAUGCCUCAUCUGCCAGGCUAAGCACCAUACCAAGCUUCACACGGACAAACCAGGUCGGCCAGGACACGGAAACAGCAGCGCCGCGGAAGAUGGUACCGCGAGCAACAUAAGUGCUCGAUCAGAGGAGGAUCACGGAAGCUCGGUGAAUGCGUUCACGACGACGAUCGGUUCUAAGGUUCUGCUGGCGACUGCCAUGGUGCAUCUCAUGACCGCGGACGGCCAGCUGCUGUCAGUCAGGGCUCUCAUUGAUCCAGCUGCGGAGAGAAGCUUCAUCACCCGUCGGGCAGCAGCGCAAUUGAAUUUGCCAACUCGGCGCAUUUCGUCGUCGAUCAUAGGGCUCGGCGCCGCGGUUUCUGCGAGAGCGAGCACUGAGCUGUGCCUUCAGCUCGAGGCUUGGCCUUAUCUACGUGAACUAGAGCUGGCCGAUCCUCGCUUCGGCGUGCCCGCGCGAGUGGAUAUCGUGCUCGCCGCUGAUGUGUUUCCUCAGCUAAUUCUGGACGGUAUCGUCAAGGGGCCUGAUGGAGCUCCGGUCGCUCAAAAGACAGUCUUCGGGUGGAUUCUCACGGGAGCUACGUCGUCGAGUGCUGCCGGUGGUGGUCACGCCGUUCGGGCUUUUCACACUUCUGUUGGGCCAUCCAUCUCCAGUAUUGUGUCAAAGCUGUGGGAAAUCGACGACGUCCCGUCCAGGCCGCAUCUUUCUGAGGACGAGAAGCGUUGUGAAGAGCUUUUCGUGCAAAGCCAUUACCGUGACAGCGCUGGAAGAUUUGUGGUGCGUUUGCCGUUUGCACGCAGAGCCGACUUCAGCAAGUCAAGGUUUGCGGCUCAGUCGUGUCUCUUGAGGAUGGAACGCCGCUUUGAAAAGGACUCACGAUUGCGCGACGUGUAUUCGGCCUUCAUGACCGAAUAUAUCGAGCUUGGACAUAUGGAAUGUGUGCCACAGCGGCAGCUUCAGCGACCGGGCGCCUACCUGCCUCACCACGGAGUGUUUCGAGCGGACAAUCCCAGCAAGAUUCGCGUAGUAUUUAACGCUUCACAUAAGUCCAGUGACGGACGCUCACUAAACGAUCAACUGUUGACCGGGCCCAAAUUGCAAACAGACAUCACAGUGGUACUGUCAAACUGGCGGUUUUUUGAAUUUGCAGGCACAACUGAUGUCGAAAAGAUGUUUCGACAGAUACGCGUGCACGAGGACGAUGUCGAUUGGCAGCGUGUGCUUUGGCGAGCCAGCCCGUCGGAGCCGAUACGUGAUUUUCGCUGCACGACGGUGACCUACGGGACUGCGGCAGCCCCAUUUUUGGCUUUGCGCGUCAUGAGGCAACUCGCGGAGGACGGACGUGAGGAUUACCCGGAGGCCUCAGAGGUGCUUCGUCAUCAACUUUACGUCGAUGACAUAUUUUUUGGCGCAGGAUCUGUGGAAGAGGCAAUACGCCGAAGAAACGAGCUCAUUGCCAUGCUCGCAUCGGCUGGCAUGAGACUGGCCAAGUGGGCUGCAUCGCACGGUCGCAUUGUUGAGGAUCUUGCGGAGUCAUCACCGGAGGCUGUUGCGUUGAAAAUGGAUGAGGCGGUAUCUACGCUUGGAUUGAGGUGGCUGCCCGGGCUGGAUUGCUUCUCCUUUCAGUUCAGGCCUAUCCUCACUUCAUCUCCUGCCACGCGACGUACGGUGCUGUCUGACAUCGCUAGAACUUUCGAUCCAAUGGGAUGGCUGUCUCCGGUGCUAGUUGUGGCCAAGAUUUUGCUGCAGGACAUCUGUAUUGACGGCUCGGAUUGGGACACACCGAUCGCGGGGCCCUUGGACCAACAGUGGAGUGAUUUUUGCGUCGCUCUGGACGAUGUCUCCAGCAUACGGGUGCCUCGAUGGUUUGGCACUUCGGAGACGAGCGCGUGGCAUCUGCACGCUUUUGCGGACGCCUCGAAGAGAGCAUAUGCUGCUGCGCUUUACGCAGUAACUCCGUCGAUGACAUCCCGACUUAUCGUGGCGAAGACCAACUUGGCACCGACCAAGGUGCAGACAGUGCCAAGGCUGGAACUUUGCGUGGCCGCUCUGCUCGUCCGCCUCGUCAGGAGCCUGCUUGACAGUCUCAGAUUCCCUCCGGUGCGCAUCUUCUGCUGGUCUGACUCAAGUGUCGUGCUCGAGUGGAUUCGAGGACACCCUUCAAGGUGGCCAACUUUCGUGGCUAAUCGGGUCAGCGACAUCCAAACUGGCCUGCCGGACGCUUCCUGGCGGCACGUGCGGACAAUGGACAACCCGGCCGACUGUGCAACUAGAGGAUUGUCGCCGCUUGACUUGGCCGCAUUUUCUCUUUGGUGGACUGGACCACCUUGGAUUCUCGACGAGGAGACGACUUGGCCGGCAUCGAUUGUACCGCCUGAUCAGAGUGUGCAGGUCAUGAUCGCACGGCAGGCUCCGCCGCCGGCCGCUGCUGGCUGUCUACCAGAUUUUAGUUCAUUUUCCAGCUUCAACAGGAUGGUGAGGGUGCUGUGUUGUUGUCGUCGAUGGCUGACGGUUCUCCGGCGAGGAGAAGCGACGAUCUCGCGGGCUGAGAGUUGGCGACUGGCCGAGUGCUUGUGCUUUCGUCUGAUACAGGCACAUCACUUCGCAGACGACGUCGCGGAGGUCAUCACGUCUGGAAGAAGACUGCCCAAGCGAAGUCAUUUGGCGAAGCUUCACCCCUUCGUCGAUUCUGAGGGCCUGAUUCGAGUUGGUGGGCGAUUGCAGCAUGCUCCGUUGUCGUAUGACGAGAAGUACCCGAUCAUUUUGCCAGGACGCUGUUUGAUUGUGAAGAGAUUGAUCGAGCGGGCUCAUAGCGACACUCUUCAUGGCGGUCCGCAGCUUAUGCGCUCACACCUUGGUCGCAAAUUUUGGAUUAUCCGAGGCACUCGCAUUAUUCACGCAAUUUACCAAAACUGCGUUCGCUGCACUCGUUUUCGAGCCGUUGCAAUGGAGCAACAGAUGGGACCAUUGCCGGCCGUUCGAGUUACUCCCGGGCGACCUUUUCAGGCGACCGGACUGGAUUAUGCCGGGCCGCUGCCUGUUUUAUUUUCAAAGGCCCGUAAGGCUCCGUCCACGAAAGGAUACAUCGCCAUAUUUAUAUGCUUGGUGGUUCGAGCAGUCCAUGUGGAGGUGGUGUCAGACUUGAGUACCAAUGCGUUCCUCGCCGCGUUUUCCCGCUUCUGUGCUCGAAGAGGAAAGCCUGCGGUUCUAUACUCGGACAACGCCACCACGUUCAAGGGAGCAUCGCGAGAGCUUCGUCAUCUUUUCGCCCAAAGUUCGCCUCUGCGCCGGCGUGCCAGUAAUCUUAUGUUAGAAAAAGGCAUGAUUGGAAGUUUAUCCCUCCUCGAGCACCGCACUUCGGCGGUUUAUGGGAGGCGGCCGUUCGAAGCUUCAAGCACCAUCUGCGGCGGGUGA